ACUUUAUACAUUUUACAAAUUAUUCCAAACUUUUCUGUGUAAAAUUUACUUUUAAAUUCACAUUUCAGUGAUGUCAAAUUUGGAGAAGUUUAUACUUACACUGUUCAAGCACUGAUACCAAAUUAUUCAUCUCACAUGUCAUCACCCCUCAGAAUUAAACAUGGAGAUAAUUUCUGUGGUGAUGGAAAGAUUAAUGGACAAGAGCAGUGCGAUGAUGGAAAUUUAGCAAAUAACGAUGGAUGCAAUAUGAAUUGUGAAAUGGAAGAAUCAUAUAUGUGUUAUGGUGAACCAAGUCUAUGUUACUGGCAUAAAGGAGAUGGUAAAUGUGAAGAUUAUGAAAUUAAAACUAGUGUAACUGACUGUGGAUAUUACACACCCGAACAGUUUGAAGAUCAAUGGGCAACGUCUAUAAACACAUCACAAUUAUCCAUCAGUGAUUUCUGUUCAAAAGAUAUUGUUAUUGGACCUCCAAUAAAACCAGAAAUCUGUGAAUCCGAACCAAAUUCUAAUAUAUCGUGGUAUCCUCGUGAUAAUUUUUCAGAGACAAAUUAUUGGCUACUGGCAUCAUUUUCUAAACCAGUUGUUGCUACAUCAAUUUUUUUAUAUAUAGGAUCAGAUGGUCAGUCAACACUCAUUAGCAAUUCUAAUCAAAUCAGUAUUCAUCUUUUAGAUUCCAAUAAUAAUGUUCAUUAUUCUGCUGAGACUGUUAUAUCGUGUUCUCAAAAUCCAAUUGAAUUUCGAAUUGUUCACGAUCUCAGUAGACAGUUUUAUUUAACAUCAAAAAUAAACAUAACAUUUGAAUCAUCUGAUAUAUCUAUAUCAGCAAUUUUACUCAGAUCAGCCAAAUAUUUAAAUCCAAUUAUUAUACGACAAUGCAAAGAAACAGAACUAUAUAGUCCGAAAUUACAGAAAUGUGUGAUGUAUUCUAAUUGUAAGAAGCCGGCAUGUUCAAAACCAUUAUCAAAAAAUUAUCAGUUGAAUUGCACUGGAUAUAAAGAAGGAGACUAUUGUUACGUUAAUUGUAAUAGUGGUUAUUAUUCUGAAAAAUCAAAAACCAAUGUUAUCACCUGUAUAGAUGGUAAAUGGAUUGGGCCAGAAAUUCUUUGUAAACCAAUAGAUUGUGGUCCACCCACAAUAAUGCAUGCUUUCACCAUUUGUCCAGAAGGAACAACUUUAGGAAAAACGUGUAAUUUUAAGUGCAAGUCGCCUGCUCGGUUAAAAGGUGAUAUUACAGCAAAUACUAUUACUUGUGAGGAAGAUGGAUUUUGGUCCAUACCAGAUACACCAUGUCAAAUAUUAUGUCCUCCUCUUCAAUUACUUCCUUCUAUAAUUUAUUCAAAAACACAAUGUCAAAUGUACAGUUUUCAAACCGGACAUAGAUGCUAUUUCCAAUGUAAAUCAGGAUAUCAAAUAAUUGGCCAACCAAAGAAAAAAAAGUUUUAUGCAGUUUGUGAUGCUCAUGGAUCAUGGCAAGGACCACAGUGUAUUCCAAUUACAGAAAAUUAACUAUAAAAUUAUUUAGAUUAUUACUUGAAAGUAACGAUUUUUCUCAAGGGUUUAUUUUCUUUUCUAAUAUAUUUCCUUAUUAUUAAAAGGAUAUAAAAAUGUUAAGAUCUGAA